AUGGCUGUCGUUGUGGCAGAAAUUCUUUUUAUCGCAGAUGGUGAAUUUGCCGUUGGGAUGGAAUUCAGUUCCAGGGAAGCUGUUAUUAAGGCGAUAAAAGAGUAUACCAUACGAAGAAGCGUAGACUACCGGGUGUAUGAGUCUGAGUCGUUGACAUUUUAUGCUAAGUGUACACAGUAUGAGUCAGUGUGUGAUUGGCAUAUGCGGGUUAGCAUGAUCAGCCGGAAGUACUGUUGGGUUAUAAGGAGGUAUAAUGGUAGUCACACAUGUACCAGAGCAACAAUUUUUCAGGAUCAUUCAAAGUUGGAUUCGAAUACAAUUGCAGAAGCAAUAAAGCCGUUGGUUGAGGCUGACCCCGCCUUAAAGGUAAAAUUGGUUUUAGCAGAGGUGCAAUCGAAGUUCAACUACACCGUUAGUUAUCGAAAAGCAUGGUUGGCUAAGCAAAAGGCAGUGAAAAAAAUAUUUGGAAGCUGGAAAGCAUCGUACGAAGCCUUGCCUAUAUGGUUUGAGGCCAUGUGUCAUAAGGAGCCAUCAGCUGUUGUUCAUUUUGAGACUAUGCCAGCAUAUCAAGGUGAUGACUUGGUGACUGAUAUUCGGGUAUUGCAUCGGGUCUUUUGGAGUUAUUACCUCUGCAUUAGAGCAUUCAGACAUUGUAAGCCAGUUGUCCAGGUGGAUGGGAUACACUUGUACGGAAAGUACAAGGGUUGUCUACUAGUGGCAGUUUCACAAGAUGGCAACAACAAUAUCGUCCCAAUUGCGUUUGCUAUUGUGGAGGGAGAGACUUCUGAUGCAUGGUACUUUUUCCUUAGUAACAUUCGUCAGCAUGUUGUAACUCGGGAUGGUAUGGGACUGAUAUCCGACCGUCAUGAAUCCAUAAAUGCCGCUGUGGAAAGGAGUAACGGUGCUUGA